AUGGACGUAUGUGUAGGAACAGGAGAAAAUGCUGUUAGGAGAAGUAAAGAAGAGAAAAAAGUGUUCAAAAAACAACUUAAAGCCAGUUAUAUUUUACUAAAGCAUGAAGGCAUCGGUAUAGCACCGAAGCCCACCAAGAGUUUGGUGGUGUCUAACGGUGGCCUGGGGAACGGCGUGAGCCGAGAGGAGCUGUGUGCUGCUCUGGAGGAGAUGGGAGCCGUGCAGGGUUUGCUCAUGCCUCCUCACAAGCCCUAUGCGUUUGUCACAUACAGAUGUGAAGGCAGCGCUCAGAAAGCUCACACCCUCCUCAAUGGAAAGAAGUUGCAAACUGGGGAGAACGAUGUCACUCUCUACCUCAGCUACGUCGACUCAAUAAAUCAGGAAGAGGAGGCAUCUGUCCCUUUGCCAGAAGGGUUAUUCUUGGUGGAGGACUUUGUUUCCCCAGAAGAAGAGGCCCUGCUGCUUUCCGCUAUAGACUGGUUGCCCGUUCACAAUGAUGCCACUGCUCAAAAAUCUUUGAAGCACAGAAGAGUGAAACAUUAUGGCUUUGAAUUUCGCUAUGACAACAACAACGUGGAUAAAGACAAGCCUUUAGCUGCAGGUAUUCCUGAAGAGUGUUUAUGCGUCCUGGAGCGAUGUGUGAGGAACGGGCACAUCAGCGCCAUGCCUGACCAGCUGACUGUUAACCAGUAUGAGUCUGGACAGGGCAUCCCCCCUCAUGUGGACACUCAUUCUGCCUUUGAGGACACAAUACUGUCACUGAGUUUGGGGGCAAAGACGGUGAUGGAGUUCCGUCACCCUGAUGGUCGCGUUGUUCCCGUGGUGUUGCCCGGGCGGAGCCUCCUGGUGAUGAAAGGAGAAAGCAGAUACCUCUGGACACAUGGGAUUACUCCUCGAAAGUUUGACAUGGUGCCAGCGCUGGAAACACAGUCUGCUGCUAAAGCAACGUCUGACCUCGGGACCCAUAGCAGUCUUACUCUGAGCAAGAGAGGCACCCGCACUUCUUUUACUUUCCGCAAGAUCAAACAUGACCUCUGCCGCUGUGCAUUCCCCUCUGCCUGUGACAGUCAGGGAGCCACCUCGUCCUCUCUUCCAUCUCUGCCCGCACUUCCCUGUUGCCAUGCCGAUGCAACCCGCUUGGAGGAGGAGUAUGUGCACCGGGUGUACGACACCAUUGCCUCUCAUUUCAGUCGCACUCGCCACACUCCUUGGCCUCGUGUUUGCCACUUCCUGUCCUCGCUUCCCCCUGGCAGCGUGCUGGCUGACGUGGGCUGUGGCAAUGGGAAGUACCUUGGCGUGAACCCAGAGUUGGUUAUGGUGGGGUGUGAUCGAAGCUGUGCUCUUGUCCAAAUAUGUGCAGAGAGAGGUUUCCAAGGGUUCGUAUCGGAUGCUCUCCAUGUCCCUCUGCGAACAGGCUCCUGUGAUGCCUGUAUCUCCAUAGCUGUCAUACAUCAUUUUUCCACACAGGAGCGGCGGCUGGCGGCGGUGAAGGAGCUGGUGAGGCUUUUAAAGCCUGGUGGUCGUGCGCUCAUAUAUGUUUGGGCUUUUGAACAAGAGCACAACAAGCAGAAGUCCAAAUAUCUCAAAGAGAACAACAAAGAGGACUGUGACGAGUGCAGCAUCAUCAACGAGUCGUCAGAGGAGAGCCAGGAAGCCCAAGGAAAAGGCGGUGUUCAAGCCCCCUGCCAUUUAGAAGACGGCCCCUACCCAACUAAUAACUUGCAAGAUGUAAAGGAAGUCGCUAAAGGCAAGCUGAGUGUGCACACCAACCGCACAGCCUUUAACACACAGGACCUCUUGGUUCCCUGGCAUCUAAAAGGGAAGAAAAUGCAAGCAGAGGAAAAAUCCAGUACCGACCACAGUCCUGGAUUUGACUCGAGCAGGGGUGCCAACCACAGUUCAGACACUAAAUCCAGUGCCUUUGAUGAGACCUGCCAGAGUUCUUGCGGUAGUUCAGACGAGCAAUCGAAGAGCGGAUCGGUGCCCAUUUUUCAUCGCUAUUACCACGUCUUCCAGCUGGGGGAGCUGGAGCAGCUCUGUGCUCAGGUGGCUGGAGUCGAGGUGCAGACCAGUUAUCAUGACCAGGGUAACUGGUGUGUUGUAUUGGAGAAGGACUGAGAUUUAAGAACAUUUUUAGAACAGAUGUGCGUUUGGUAAUGAAACAAGACUGAUCGACCCAUCUAUCUUAAUAAUCUAUUUGUUAAAAUGCACACUUCAGUGAAAUAAAUGAAUAUUUGAUGAAAUAUCUGCCGUUGUGGUGACUUUGUGAAGGUCUCUUCAUGGUAUCACAUCACCUCUGUAGUGGUGUUUACCACAGUGUUGCCGAUGCACAGCUACCUGUUGUCACUGCUUGUAGUCAUAUCAACUAAAAACAUCUGGAAGAACUGAAAAGAAAGGCUGUUUGUGUUCAUGCUGCUGCUUGUCUUUGUUUUGCUCCUCUAUGGAAAAGAUAUGAGCCACAAAUACAUGAAGCAUAAUGUUUUCCACAGGAAGCUGGUCCUCUGCAGAAUGUCUUCAGUUCUGAAGACAUGAUGAGGUAUUCUACAAAGUAGGGAGGCACAGACAUUGAGGACAUUGGAGCUAAUACCACCUGGACCUGUGGACUCGCCAGGAAGAGGUUUCACCAUUUGACCUCUGAAAAAUGGUCAACAGUAAGAGUGACGGACACUGAAGUUGGGUGGUGCCAGUUUGAGUGGGGUUGUCACAGAAGGAUAGGGAGAGCAUGGAGUAACUGUUGAUUGCAAACUGAAAAAUCGGUUACCAUAGUGUCGAACUGUGAAAAACUGGCCUUUUAUUUGCCCAUCAAUUUUAAUUUUGCAUCGAAUUCCAUACCCUUACUCAACUCUGUGGUCGUCCAGUUUCCGUCUCAACUUUCAACCAACUAGCAUUGAACUUGGGCACUGGGCCAUCGCCCAUGAGUUGCCAGUUCACUUGCAAGGCUGUUUCUGUAGCUUCCUCAGUGGUUGAAUUCCCACAGUCUCUUACUCUGUGCAAGCUUAGGGCUAUAGACAAAACUUUAGAUGAAAGGUUUGACAGUUUGUUGUGUGAAAAACGUAUUUAAUACUAUUUAAUAUGUUCUUUCCCAAUAAGUGAAUACUGAAGCUGAGUGCAUCUAAGUAAGACUAAGACAUGAAAGAUAAGCCAGAUUUCCAUAGAUUUAAUUAAGCAGUUGCAUGCAAAUGGGUCAGAACAUACAUCAUGCGUCUCGAUGCAGAAUGACACAGAACAUAAGGAAGCAUAAAGAUUUUAAAGCAUAAAUGAUGAUUCAUCCUUGUGAUUCUGAUAAACAGAUCAUUGCAACAUCAAAGCUAAUCUUUUAGGGACAAAGUAUCAGUCUGCACACUGUACUCAGGCCAAGGCUAAAUACUGAUGGCAGUAGUUUUGGUUUAAUCCAACUGAAAUUUUCCAUCACACAGUUACAUACACUUAAGAAGUCCAAUGGACUUUACUGAAUCAAAUGUAAUUUUGAGUUGGAAGAUCUGGUCAUAAAGCACGGGUUGAAAAUCAAGACUGUCCUGUAUUCUAAAUGGAGCACAGACUGUGGAGUAGAGCCUCAAUAAUAAUUCCACUGCUUUGAUUUUUUUUAGCCAUCUUUGAGCUUAACAGCUGAGCUGCAGCUUUUGUAAGCGUGGGUAACUAUUUCAGAGAAAUUAAAAUUGAACUUCCUUGGCUACAUGCUAGAAACAGAAGGAUAUA